GCGGUGUUCAGCCACGGACAGCCGAGCAACCACCACCACCACCACCACCACCGCUCGACCCAGCGGCGCAGAGCUUACCUGGGCUCCGCCGAGAUAUUUCUAUUUUCCCCUCUAAUCGGUGAGAAGAAGAAUAAGUGUGGGAGCGACGGAGAGCCCUGACGUCACUAUGCCAGGUAGAGAGUGAAGGGGAGGUUUUGGGUUCGUGAGGAGGAAGAAGAGGAGGAGGAGGUGGGGAGUAUCACUGCGGGUGUGCUUUGGGGGGUGGGGGCGCGGAGGUGGCCUCUCCAUCCCGGUGAAGAACACCUUUCGGGCUCGGAGCGCGAUCGGGACGCACGUAUGAUGAUGGACGGCCGGCCGCCGCCGCCGCCGCCGCCACCGCCGCUGCUGCAGCUGCUGCUGGCUCUCCUCGCCAUUGCUGGAGGCGGCCUCGGGGCAGACACGGAGGAGCGGCUGGUGGAGCAUCUCCUAAACCCGGCCCACUACAACAAACUGAUCCGUCCUGCGACUAAUGGCUCCGAGCUGGUUACCGUGCAGCUGAUGGUGUCGUUGGCCCAGCUCAUCAGUGUGCAUGAACGAGAGCAAGUGAUGACCACUAAUGUCUGGCUAACACAGGAGUGGCAGGACUAUCGUCUGACUUGGGUCCCUGAGGAGUUUGAUGGAAUGAUGAAGGUCAGGCUGCCCUCAAAACACAUCUGGCUGCCUGACGUGGUGCUCUACAACAAUGCCGACGGGGUGUACGAGGUGUCAUUCUACUCUAAUGCAGUGGUCUCCUACGAUGGCAGCAUCUUCUGGUUGCCCCCGGCCAUCUAUAAGUCAGCCUGUAAGAUUGAGGUCAAGCACUUCCCCUUCGACCAGCAGAACUGCACGCUGCGCUUCCGCUCCUGGACCUACGACCGCACCGAGAUUGACCUGGUGCUCCGCGCUGACGUGGCCAGCAUGGACGACUUCACGCCCAGCGGAGAGUGGGACAUCAUCGCCCUGCCAGGCAGACGGAACGAGAACCCGGCUGACCCCACCUAUGUGGACAUAACGUAUGACUUCAUCAUCCGCAGGAAGCCUCUUUUUUACACCAUCAACCUCAUCAUCCCAUGUGUCCUCAUCACCUCGCUGGCCAUCCUGGUCUUCUACCUGCCUUCAGACUGUGGAGAGAAGAUGACGCUCUGCAUCUCAGUGCUGCUGGCUCUCACUGUGUUCCUGCUUCUGAUCUCCAAGAUCGUACCACCCACUUCACUGGACGUCCCUCUGGUGGGGAAAUACCUGAUGUUCACUAUGGUCCUGGUCACCUUCUCUAUCGUCACCAGUGUGUGCGUGCUCAACGUGCACCACCGCUCGCCCACCACACACACCAUGCCGCCUUGGGUUAAACUGGUGUUCCUCAACAAGCUUCCCGCCCUGCUUUUUAUGCGCCAGCCGAGGAAUAGCUGUGAGCGGCAGCGGCUGCGCCAAAGAAGGAGAGCCCAGGAGCAGAAGGAGGGUGGGCGCAGUGGGGAGGCAGGGGCCUUGAUGGUGGGUCUCGGGCUGGGCGGUGCUGGCGGUAACGGAGGGGGACCCUCCACGGGGGUAUUCGGCAAAGAGGACAGUGACCCUUGUACCUGCUAUGUGAACCGAGCGUCCGUUAAACAGUUUGGAGGGGAUCUGGGAGGUGCAGGAGGUGGAUCCAUGGAUGGUCUGAACAGGGUGAGGGAGGGCCGAGAAGGGGGCUCUGGAAAUCUGCCAAGAGGGCAGCAAGCAGCAGGGGGUCCUGUUCUGUCUCAGGCCCUGCUGGCUCAAGCCUGUCCAGGCUUCGAGGAAGCUGUGGAAGGAGUACGCUUCAUUGCCAACCACAUGAAGAGCGAGGAUGAUGACCAAAGUGUGAGCGAGGACUGGAAGUACGUUGCCAUGGUGAUCGACCGCCUCUUCCUGUGGAUCUUUGUGUUUGUGUGCGUGUUUGGCACGAUGGGCAUGUUCCUGCAGCCGCUCUUCCAGAAUUACACAGCCAAGACCAUCACCAGCUCGCCAGGCUGACCACCCCGCCCCCCGGCCACAAACACGCUGACGGACAGCUCCCCCCGACCAAUCAGCACAGCAGGACAAGGGCCGGAGGUGGGAAGGGGAGGGGGGGGCCCGGUCUGGGUUUUACUGUGUCUAUGGAACUGGAACCAGAACUGGAACUGAACAGCAAUCACGCCCAUUACCUUUAUAGUAACAUUUUUUGCAACGAACAAGUUGAAGUUUUUCUUGUAUGAAGAAAAAGGAAAAACACCAUCAUACUCUAACCUGCAGUUUUUUGUCCAGAUGUUUAAUGGACUGAUCUCCCCUUUCUGGUGGAAACGUCCCUCCCUGCUCUCUUCUUCAACCAGUCAGGGAGCGAGGAUGCUAUGAUUUACUCCUUGUUGAACCUUGUGAGAGCCGAUCGACACUUUCCGCCUGCUGCUGACUGCUUAAUUGACACAUGACAUGACAUGCCCGCCUUCAACUAUGACAUCACUUGUUCACAAUAUUGACUGAUGUCAGUUUGAGUUCAUCAGAAAGGGAAGGGAGGUUCAUAUCAAGGUUCUUAUACUUUGAUUUUAUUUUCUCAGAAAUCCACUACGUCAGUGAACUGAUUCAGUAUAUUUUAUCAUAGCAUAUAGCGGCUUACCACAGUAUAGCAUUGAGUAUAUAUUAUUACGAUUUCUCUAUGUGUUAGCUCAUGCAAGGGUCUAUUGCUGAUAGAGAGGCUACGGUGUGUUGUAUGAUUGUAUAGAUAUAACAGGAAUGUGAUAUAAACUGUACUACACAGCCUGUGACGC